UCGGUCUGCGUACCGUCGUGUGAUGUCGAACAUACUUAAUCUCAAGAGCACACAGAGUCUUGGUCGUUUAAACUAUACUCGUUUUAGUAUUUUUAAAUUGUGCUGUAGAACACAAUUGGAUUAGCGCUACGUUUAGUUUAAAUAAAACAAACUGGCCUAUUCAUCAUUUUUUUCACAGCUAACGCGGACGUCCACGGUUUCACGCGGACGGAUGAGCAACUGUGCUAAAAACAAACCCUCACGUCUCGUUUCUAAUGUUGUUUCUCGGGUUUGACACUUGCUUCACGCAGUAUUGAUCAGAUGAGAAAUGCAGGACUAUAACGUGGAAGUAGGAUUCGUGAAACAGAUCCUCAGUUUGAAUUUGGUGCCGAGGAAAAAUGUCACCAACUGCGGGAGGAACGACACGUCUCUUUGCGAUUUCUCCGAAAUGUGGUAUGGUGUGUUCCUGUGGACUGUUGUGUCCUCAUUGGUUUUCCACCUGCCUGCUGCCCUCUUGGCUCUCACAACACUCCGGAGACAUAAGGUGGCACGAUUUUUCCCCAUCGGCAUCCUGCUAAUGGGCAUCAUAGGCCCAUUGUUUGGAGGGGUUCUCACAAGUGCAGCCAUAGCAGGAGUGUAUAAGGCAGCUGGAAAAAGCAUGUUCUCUUUGGAGGCCCUUGUGUUUGGAGUGGGACAAUCUUUGUGUGUGUUUAUCAUAUCUUUCCUUAGAAUUUUGGCUACCCUGUAGCACCAAGACACUGGCACACCAGGCUGCCAUCAUAAGAACUAACCUGGGCAUCAUAUGCAAAACAUGGAGGCCUUACUUUCCAAACAGUCCCAACUACUUGUUUCUUUUGAUACGGAAGAAUAUUAUUCUUUUGAAAUGGGAUUCCCACGAGUGUGUUGUGAAGAGACUGAGUAAAAGGUGACUUUGCAUUUGAUGAUAAAGAUGACAUAAGAGCUACCUUGAUGUCAGUUAGCCUUGUCAUCUUGCACAUUUGUUAUUUAACUGUAAUUUUCUUAGCACAACAUUCUUUUAACAUCUUUAGAUGAUUUAAAGACUCUUGUUUGGAUUCUGUAUGAUUUUAGUUAUGCUCUGUACAUACUAAAGCCCCUUUCAGCUUUCUUUUAAAUGAUUUGUGCGAGUAACUAAACAAACAAAACCACCUGCAUUCUCUUUGCACUGAUUAUAUUAAUCUUUUAGGCCAAAGGCUUAAAAUUAGUUUUAAGUUUCUCUCUUACUCACAAUGUUUUAUUUUUUGCCCAUAAUGUGGGCAUGUUUCAUAGGGAUAGUUUGCACAAAACUGAAUAUUUGCUGUUAGUUUACUGACCCUCAGCCCAUCCAGUAAAUUACUUUUAUCAUGUAAGUGCACCUCAAUAUAUUGGGUUUUACUUUUAUGUUGCUUGUAUCAGUGUAUUCGCAAAUUUUUUAUUUAUUGUUUUACUGAAAAAGUCACCAACAUGGCCUGAGGUUUAGUAAAUAACAGCACAUUUCAAAUUUUGGCUGAACUGUCUCUUUAAGAGGUUACAGCAAAACACACAUGGAGCUACAUGUAUGUACUGUUAUGUGUGUGGAUGUAAUUUCUUCACAUCAUAAGGAUUCCUUGCUGAAGUUUAAGUGGCUUUGGUUGCAUAUUUUGUUAUAUAUUUGUGACUUGUUUUAGCAUCUGAGUGAUUAAGGAUUUGUUUUUGGCUUUGGAUUGCUUUUCUGUAUAUAUUAGAGUGAUACCUAACUUGCCCAUAAUAUUGUAUAUGUGGCAGCCUCACCUCUAAUGCCUCAUAUGUGAAUGUAAACGAGACUUAAGCUAAAUCUAUAACAAAAUCUCUUAUACCUUCACCAAAGAAACGUUAACACUACGCUGUUAGUUUAACCUACAGUCAUUUUUCUGUAGAAAAUUGUUAUGUGGAAAUAAUCAAAUUAAAUGACAACAUACUGUCAUUUAAAAUGCUAAGAAAAAUCAAAGUCAGAACCCCGAGUUUGUGUACAGAAGUAUUUAAAAUAGGAUGCUUAGCUUAUCCUCUUAUGUGGAUGUUUCAUUUUCAACAAUUUUGUGAACGUAAUUAGAUGCAAGGCUUAAUAGAAACAACUGAAAGUAAUUUUUUGGCAAAUCUUAGUAGGGUGUAGCAGAAUCUUUAAGCACUUAUUUGAGAAAUUCUCUAACUAUAUAUAAAUUGUUAAAUUUCUCAUUUAUUUAAUUUUUCGUUCUCCCUUGUUACAAGGCCUCAGGAAGUUCUUGUUUUCUGGAAGUUUCAUUUAAACCUUGUAUGUCGUGGGUUAAUGGGAAUCCGGGUGUUUUAUGAAUGGAGUCGUCUAGAGCUCUUACUUUAGUGGUAAUGCUGAUGGGUCCCACUGAAAGCUAUGCUUUAUUCCUCCGAGCCUAUGGUCUCUCAAUUGCACAAAUGGAUUUAUUUUUGUAAAGUUCAGUCAUUGGGGUACAGUGACUGCUCAUUGUUCCUGUGGUUGUCUUUGAUUGUACAGUCUUCUUGAGAAACGGACACUUUCCACCUAUCUUUUUUUUUUCAGGACAAGUUUAAUUUUCUAACUGUAUAAUACGUGCCAAUCGCUAGUAUUUUCAUGAAAUAAAACAGUUUAAAUUAUAAGA